ACAGUCAUGUAGUUUUCGUCACUGUCAUGUACUGAUUUUUUUUCUCUCUACAGCAGCCAAUAUUGACAAGUUGCAGAAGAACUACAUCCACUGAUUUAAUAGACAAUCUUUGAAAAAAAAUAACUACACAUAUUUCAUCUUCCUAGAGCAAAGCAUCUCCAAUCCAAACCUUGAUUCAUUCUGUUCUCAUACCUGCAAAAUGGCUGACGCUUUACUUGAAAUCCUGAUUGAAACCCUCGGAACAUUUGUUGGAGAGGAGCUUGCAACCUAUUUGGGUGUUGGAGAGUUGACCCAGAAGCUACGUGGAAAUCUCACUGCAAUUCGUGCUGUCCUCAAAGAUGCUGAAGAGAAGCAAAUUACAAGCCAUGUUGUGAAAGACUGGCUGCAGAAAUUGCGUGAUGUUGCUUAUGUACUUGAUGAUAUAUUGGAUGAAUGUUCAAUAACCUUAAAAGCACAUGGCGACAACAAGUGGAUCACUCGUUUCCAUCCUCUGAAGAUUUUGGCUCGUCGCAACAUUGGAAAGAGGAUGAAGGAGGUUGCUAAAAAGAUCGAUGAUAUUGCUGAAGAAAGGAUGAAGUUCGGAUUACAAGUGGGGGUCAUGGAGCGCCAACCAGAAGAUGAAGAGUGGCGGAAAACUACCUCUGUCAUCACUGAAUCCGAAGUAUAUGGAAGAGACAAAGAUAAAGAACAAAUUGUUGAGUAUCUUCUGAGGCAUGCUAACAACAGUGAAGAUCUCUCUGUCUAUUCCAUUGUUGGUCUAGGUGGAUAUGGAAAAACAACACUUGCUCAAUUGGUCUACAACAAUGAAAGCGUAACCACCCAUUUUGAUUUGAAAAUAUGGGUUUGUGUUUCAGAUGAUUUCAGCAUGAUGAAAAUCCUACACUCCAUCAUAGAAUCUGCCACUGGACAAAAUCAUAAUUUCUUGACUUUGGAAUCAAUGCAAAAAAAAGUUCAAGAAGUUUUGCAAAGCAAAAGGUAUUUACUUGUACUGGAUGAUGUGUGGAACCAAGAACAAGUAAAAUGGGAAAAGUUGAAGCAUUUUUUGAAGAGUGGAAAUACAACGAAAGGUGCAUCUAUUUUAGUCACAACACGACUUGAGAUUGUUGCAUCCAUCAUGGGAACUCACCCUGCUCACCAUUUGGUAGGUUUAUAUGAUGACGACAUUUGGUCAUUAUUUAAACAACAUGCUUUUGGACCAGAUGGGGAAGAGCAUGCAGAGCUUGUAGCAAUAGGCAAGGAGAUAGUGAGAAAAUGUGUGGGUUCACCUCUUGCUGCCAAAGUAUUGGGAAGCCUUUUGCGCUUUAAAAGUGAGGAACAUCAAUGGUUUUCUGUAAAGGAAAGUGAGCUUUGGAAUUUAUCUGAGGAUAACCCUAUCAUGUCUGCUUUGAGACUAAGCUACUUUAAUUUGAAAUUGUCCUUGAGGCCAUGUUUUAAUUUUUGUGCUGUUUUUCCUAAGGAUUUUGAAAUGGUGAAGGAAAAUCUCAUUCAACUUUGGAUGGCUAAUGGACUUGUUACAUCAAGAGGAAACUUACAGAUGGAGCAUGUUGGUAAUGAGGUAUGGAAUGAAUUAUACCAAAGGUCAUUUUUUCAAGAAGUCAAAUCAGAUUUUGUAGGUAACAUUACAUUCAAAAUGCAUGAUUUAAUCCAUGAUUUAGCUCAGUCUGUAAUGGGAGAAGAAUGUGUGGCUUCUGAGGCUUCAUGCAUGACUAAUCUUUCAACUAGAGCUCACCAUAUAAGUUGCUUCCCUUCAAAAGUAAAUUUGAAUCCCUUAAAAAAAAUUGAAUCCUUGCGAACCUUUCUUGACAUUGAAUCAAGCUACAUGGAUAUGGAUUCUUAUGUGUUGCCAUUGAUCACUCCUCUCCGAGCUUUACGUACAAGGUCUUGUCAUCUCUCUGCAUUGAAGAAUUUAAUGCAUUUGCGGUACUUGGAACUUUUCUCUAGUGAUAUCACAACCUUGCCUGUGUCUGUUUGUAGGCUGCUGAAAUUGCAAACACUAAAACUUGAAGGUUGUAAUUAUCUUUCUAGUUUUCCCAAACAAUUGACAAAACUGCAGAACCUUCAACAUCUCAUGAUUAAAAAUUGUCGAUCAUUGAAAUCAACUCCUUUUAGAAUUGGGGAGUUAACUUGUUUGAAAAAAUUGACCAUUUUCAUUGUUGGUUCAAAAACUGGUUUUGGUUUAGCAGAGCUACACAACUUACAAUUAGGAGGCAAGCUACAUAUCAAAGGCCUUCAAAAAGUCUCGAAUAAAGAGGAUGCAAGAAAAGCUAAUUUGAUUGGCAAGAAGGACUUAAAUCGCUUAUAUUUGUCAUGGGGUGAUUAUACCAAUUCACAUGUUAGUAGUGUUGAUGCUGAGCGAGUACUAGAAGCUCUUGAGCCUCAUUCAGGUCUGAAGAAUUUUGGGUUGCAGGGUUAUAUGGGAACACAUUUUCCUCAUUGGAUGAGAAAUACUUCUAUUCUAAAAGGUCUAGUUAGUAUUAUUCUCUAUGACUGUAAAAACUGCAGGCAGCUUCCUCCAUUUGGUAAAUUACCAUGUUUAUCUACUCUUUUUGUAUUUGGAAUGAGAGAUAUAAAGUACAUUGAUGAUGACUUAUAUGAACUUGCGACUGAGAAGGCUUUUACGUCAUUAAAAAAGUUGACUUUGUGUGACUUACCAAAUUUAGAGAGGGUGUUGGAAGUCGAAGGAGUAGAGAUGCUACCACAACUUUUAAAGUUAGAUAUAAGAAAUGUCCCCAAACUUGCAUUGCAGUCCCUUCCAUCUGUUGAGUCGUUUUUUGCUAGUGGAGGAAAUGAAGAAUUAUUGAAGUCGUUUUUUUACAACAAUGGCAGUGAAGAUGUAGCUUCCUCAUCACGGGGAAUUGCCGGUAACAAUCUUAAGUCACUUCGGAUUUCACACUUCGACGGACUGAAGGAAUUACCUGUUGAACUCGGUACACUUGGUGCUUUAGACUCUCUUACAAUUAAAUAUUGUGAUGAAAUGGAGUCAUUUUCGGAGAAUCUGUUGCAAGGUCUGAGUUCUCUUCGAACUUUGAAUAUUUCUUCCUGCAAUAUAUUCAAAUCCUUGUCUGACGGUAUGAGACACCUAACUUGUCUUGAGACACUUCGUAUCAAUUAUUGUCCACAGUUCGUUUUUCCACAUAACAUGAACAGUCUGACUUCCCUCCGUCGACUGGUAGUCUGGGGUAAUGAAAACAUACUAGACAGCUUAGAAGGCAUCCCCUCACUGCAAAAUUUGUGUCUGUUCGAUUUUCCUUCAAUAACAUCCUUGCCAGACUGGUUGGGUGCCAUGACUUCUCUUCAAGUAUUACACAUCCUUAAGUUUCCAAAGUUAAGUUCACUACCAGACAACUUUCAGCAACUCCAAAACUUGCAAAGAUUGUAUAUUGUUGCUUGCCCUAUGUUGGAGAAGAGAUGCAAGAGAGGAAAAGGUGAAGAUUGGCAUAAGAUAGCUCACAUUCCUGAAUUUGAAUUGAAUUUCAUAUUGCAAUCUGAUGCAAAACCAACAAAACCAACAAUUUGUGAGAAUAUAAUUAACCAACGUAUGCAACUUCUGAGGGAUGACUUAAUCAAGGAUGAUUUUGACAGCAUGAUUGGCCAAAUUGAAGAUGUGUAAAGCUGGCAUAAAAGAUACAUUUAGAUACAACGAAACAAUCAAUUGCAUGAAAUAGUUAAUUACUCAUUCUUUCAAAUCAGAGUGUAACUUGCAUAUUAUUAUCAUUCUGGUCUAUGUGAUUUUGUGUGUAACAUAAUGCAAGCUGAUCCUAUAUUUUGUGAUAACUUGUUGAAAAUAUUACAGCCACACAACACAAUCAAUGAAAG